AUGGACGUGGCCGGGGGCAAAGGAGACGCCGCCAAGGGCGCCAAGAUCUUCAAGACCAAGUGCGCGCAGUGCCACACGACGAACGCGGGCGGGGCGCACAAGCAGGGCCCGAACCUGCACGGCAUGAUCAACCGCCAGUCGGGCCAAGCAGAGGGCUACUCGUACUCGGCCGCGAACAAGAACUCGGGCGUUGUGUGGACGGACGUGACGCUGUUUGACUAUCUGCUGGCGCCCAAGAAGUACAUUAAGGGCACGAAGAUGGUCUUUGCCGGGUUGAAGAAGGCGCAGGACCGUCGCGACCUGAUUGCGCACCUGAUUGAGUCCACGAGCGCCUAA